AUCUGUUAUAGGCUUAACUAAUGGCCAAAUUUUCUUUUGUCAUGUUGGAAUAAGAGAUGGUGGUUGUGGUUUUGUCUUAAAAUUUGGGACACUUGAAGCUUUACCGAGAGAUAAUGUUCUAAUGGGGAAGCAAGGUUCCCCAAGACGUCCGCGUCCUGGAGUUCAGAAUGCUGACUUAGCAUUAGGGAUGAAGGACUAUCAGUUUAGAUGUCCAGAAACUUUACCAGGUAGUGAUCCCUCUCUAGGAAGGAGAAUGUCAUGGGGUGAUAACCACUGGAAUCCCAAAACUGUCUUAUUUCAUGGGUUGAAGAAUGAUUCUGCAAAAUAUAGUGCUUUUAAGGGAGUCUAUGUGGGGAAAAGGCAUUUGUGGCUUCGAAAGUACGUGAGGUCAAUUGCUUUUAUGUUCGGGUUGAUGGGUUUCAUUCUCCUUAUUGAUUCUCUCAUGGUGUCCAUUUUUGAUGUGAGAAACCUUCUGCCUCCUUCAACCCAAAUAGAAUCAAGUGGGCAGGAGGAAGAUAGAGGUGCCUCCAUCAAUGAAGAAAAAUCGUCAGUACAGAUGUAUGACCGGCUUCUAAAUUUGGCAUCCAAUGCUCUUGCAGAGAAAGAGUUUAAGCCAGAUUCGUCAAGGUUCUGGGAGGAACCAUAUCGGCAGGCAUCUGCAUGGAAACCAUGUGCAGACAGAAAGGUUCCAACAAAUCUAGGGAAAUUUGACAAAAAUAAUGGCUACAUAUUGAUCAGUGCAAAUGGCGGUCUCAAUCAACAAAGAGUUGCUAUUUGCAAUGCUGUUGCUGUCGCAUCUCUUCUUAAUGCAACUCUGGUUCUUCCAAGAUUUCUAUAUAGCAAUGUUUGGAAUGAUCCCAGCCAGUUUGGUGAUAUUUACCAAGAGGAGUAUUUUAUGAAUAUCUUGAAGGGUGAAAUCAACAUUGUCAAUGAACUCCCUCCUCAUCUGAGAUCACUUGACAUUGAAGCAAUAGGUAGUCUGAUUACUGACGCAGAUCUUGUGAAGGAGGCAAAGCCUAUUGAUUACAUCAGACAUAUACUUCCCCUCCUAUUACGAAAUGGAGUUGUCCACUUCCUUGGAUUUGGAAAUCGACUAGGCUUUGAUCCAUUGCCUUCCAAGCUUCAGGUUAUAAAACUUCCCCUAAAGAGAUUAAGAUGCAAAUGUAACUUCCACGCUUUGAAGUUUGUGCCAAAAAUCCAACAAGUUGGUUCAUUAUUGGUUAGAAGGAUAAGAAAAUAUGGCGCUGCACGAAGUAUGUUGGACAAACAAUUGCUUGGAAACUUCAUGCUUGACAAUCCCUCGAACAAGCAUGAUGCUGCUAAAGGCCCAACCAAAUACCUUGCUUUACAUUUGAGAUUUGAAGUAGAUAUGGUGGCCUACUCCCUGUGUGAAUUUGGAGGUGGAGAAAAUGAGAGAAAGGAACUUCAAGCCUAUAGAGAAAUCCAUUUUCCUCUGCUUAUUGAGCGAUUAAAGAACUCAAGCCCUAUUUCUCCAGGAGCGUUAAGAAAGUUGGGAAGAUGUCCAUUGACACCAGAAGAAGCGGCACUUGUUCUAGCUGGACUUGGUUUUAAGCGUGGAACUUACUUUUAUUUGGCUGGUUCUCAAAUUUAUGGAGGAAAAUCCCGGAUGGAUUCACUCACCAGCCUCUAUCCCAAUUUGGUCACAAAGGAAACCCUCCUCACUCCGGAUGAACUUGCACCUUUUAGAAAUUUCUCCUCUCAGCUAGCUGCAUUGGACUUCAUUGCAUGUGCAACUGCCGAUGUCUUUGCCAUGACUGACUCCGGAAGCCAACUUUCAUCCCUUGUGUCUGGAUUCCGAACUUACUAUGGCGGUGGCCAUGCACCUACCUUGCGGCCCAACAAGAAGAGGCUGGCAGCAAUUUUGUCCGAGAAUAGCAGCAUUGGAUGGAACAGUUUUGAAGACAGAGUGAAAAAGAUGGUCGAGGAAGGUCAAAGAGUGCGCGUGAGGGGCUUUGGUCGAAGCAUUUAUCGACUGCCAAGGUGCCCGGAGUGUAUGUGCAAACCCCGAUAGCAUGUCCUCAUGCUCACAACUCUUUUGAGGGAGGCUCUCUUGCCUUUUUGACACUAAUUUUUUGUUGUAAAUUCUUCUCUUUUCCCCUAUAUUCUUUUCAUUUGUUAUGUAUAGACUUGAGAUUGAAUUGUUGAAGAUUGUAGAUAAGGUUAUGAUACAAAUUGUUCAUUUUAUGAUAAAAAUAAUUGGAUAUAAA